AUGAAUUCAAGACAACCAAUUUCAUAUUUACCAAUAUGUUAUAAUCCAUUCAUAAAUUGUAUUUUCAAUAAUCCACAAUAUAAUAAAUCUCCAUUUAAGAAUAUCAUUGAACAAUUAAAAGCAGAUCAUACUCAAUUCACAUUAUUGAUACCCCCGGCAUAUAUUUUGAAUGAAUACUAUGAUCCAUCAACUCUGAAUACCUUGCUAAAGUAUCUAUGUUAUCAUAGUGAAGACUUUUUGAAAUCACAUAUUAUCAAAACAGCUCAUCCAAUAUCUUCAACAAUCACUCCUAUAUCAAAAGAACAAUCGGUCAUUUACAAUACAGUAAAUAAUAAACAAAUAUUAAUUAAAAACAGAACAAUUUAUACUGGAAAAGGAUUCAAACGAAGUCUAAAACUCAGAAUCGCUUCAAUUCAAUACUUCAACUCAUUUUGUGAUUAUCUUCCAAAAGGUAGUAAAUUUAUGAUAAUUUAUAUCGAAAGUAGUUUGAUUGGAGGAGUACCACCAUUGAAAGUUUUACCACCACCUAAAUCCGAUGAAGUUAAACAAAUUACACAAGAUACAGUUACAUUUGAAAAAUUGUUGCGAAGUUUUCCAUUAUUAUCAAAAGCAGUAAGUGAUAAAUUUCUACGACUAUUUCAUCAUAAUAAUUAUCAAUUCAGAAAUCUACGAUACAAUACUAGAAAGAAACUAGUUCAUAUAAAGAUUGAGUUUCAAAAAGUACUUGAAGAGGCUUUUAAGAUUAUACUGGAUUCCGUUAAAAUUGAAAAUCCAAAUAGUGAACAAACUUAUAACUUGUUAAAUCAUAUUCUAAAGACGUUUCCUGGUAUAGAUUUAAGUAAAUUAGUUCAUGAAUAUGUUGAAAUCAAUUUAUAUGAUGUUUUAUGGUCUCAAUUGAUUUUUCAAUUUAAUUGUCCAAAUGAUGAUUAUGAUUUAGAAGCUACGAAAAUUUUAACAAAGGAGAAAUACGAACAAUUGUCAUGCUUAUCUUUAACACAAUUAGAUUUACCUAUUGAUGAACCGUGGCAAAUAAAUGAAUUACAAGAAAGAGUAUCAUUAGCAAUACAAGAGUUCAAAAAAUUAUCUGAUUCAUCAAUUAUAGAUCUGAGAAUGAAAACUGGGAUAAUCUACAAUACAUUUAAACUAUUAACUCAAGGACGUGCAGAUAUAGUCAUUAGUGCAGAUACUUUAAUUGGAUUAUUAAUCAUGGUGGUAAUACAUUCGAAGAUUAACAAUUUGGAAGCACAUUUAUAUUACAUCAAAAAUUUUAAUGUAGAUGAUCAUACUAAAGAUGGACAUUUCAAUUAUAUAAUAAGUAACUUAGAUGCGGUUUUAUAUCACUUUUCAUCUGAGAAUUCAGAUUUGGUUGAAAAAUCGGAAAAGAAUUAUGUAUUAUGGAAUGCAAUUCAUAAACUAGACAUAAAAUUUAUUGAAGAAUUUGAUAUACCUAAUAAAGAAUUACCAGAUAAUCAUUUUAUUAAAAGUAAGAAUAUAAAUGGCGAGAAUUGUUUGAUGUUUGCCAUUAAUGUAGAAAGUUAUGAAAUAUUCAAGUACUUUAUAGACAAUGAUCAAUGGUUUUCAAUUGAUGAAAUUCUAUUUGAACGAAAUAUUAUUACAAAUUAUACAUUAGUCAUGAAUGCUUUGACAUUGGAGGCUAAAGACAUUUUACAUGAUUUGGUUGAUUUAAUAUUAAAUACUGCUACCAAAGAAGAACACCUAAUAUAUUUUAAUUCAGUAGAUAGUACAGGUAGAAGUGUGGGGCAUUAUUUGUUUCAUGAUUAUACAUUGAUUGCAAAAAUUGGAGACUUAAUAAACUGGGAAUUAAAAGAUAAUAAUGGCCAUACACCUUUAGUUAGUCUAUGUCGUUGUUAUGAUCAUCCAGAAUAUAUUGAAAUUGUGAAAGCAGGUUUUAAUGCAGUUUAUAAAAGUGGCUUAGACUCUGAAAAACAUGUUGACAAACAAGGUAAUACUUUACUUCAUAUAUUACUCAAAGGAAUUACUGAAUCUGAAAUAUUGGAACAAGAGUUGGUUGAUAUAAAUCAAACCAACCUGAAAUAUUUAACUCCAUUAGAUCACUAUAUCAAAUAUAAUAGGAUGGAAAAUUUACGGACAAUUUUGAAAGAUGAAAGACUAGAUUUUUUAUAUGAAGAUUCUAAAAAUUUUUACAAUGUUUUCGAUUAUUUAAAUUUCCUGGCUUUGAAAUCAUCAAAGACGAAAGAUCAUAGAAAGAUUGAAAAUUUGAUAAUGGAUUAUUAUUUGACUAACUACUUCCCUAAAGUUGACAAUUAUUUAUUUGUAUUGAAUGGGAAAUAUAAUCAAAAUAAUAAAGAAUGGGUAAUUUCAUUUCGAGGAUAUGAGUAUACAGAAUUACCAGUUAGUAAACUAAAACAAAUUUUAUACCUAACUAAAUUGAAAUAUCAACUAACAACUUUCCCAAGUGAAGAUAUGGUUUUCAAAAACUUCAAUGUUAAUAACUUAACAACUCCGAUAUUUCUGAAAUUUAGAGUCAAUAGAUUUAUUGACAUAUUAAAUUUAAUAUUCCAAAGUCUAGCAUUUCAAAAUAAUAUAGAUAGACAACAAUUUUAUAAAUCAAUAUUAAUUAAGGAAACAUUACUGACAUUAGAACAAAAACAAUUGAUUAGUGAAACAAUUGAAAAUCAGAAAAUUGCAGCAGAUUUCAAACUAAAUGAGAUUGAUCAAUUUCUUUACUUUUUGGAAUUUUCAUUAAAUGAUUUAAAUGGUUAUAUGGGCCAGAUAAGAAAGCUAAGUAAAUUAUCUUGUGCUGGUGAAAUCAAACAAAUUGAUCAUAGAAAUGUUCAAAAUAUUGUUAUAAGUAAAUUUCGAAAUGAAUUUACAAUUCCAGAGUUUCAUAAUCAAAAAGGUAGUAUAAAAGUAUUAUAUGAAUAUAUUAAUUGGAUCGCAUUGACAGGAGAUGAACUUUUGGAAAACAUUUAUAAACUAUUCACUGAUAUAAAGAAUUGGAAAUCAAACUUUCAAACAAUUACAAGUAUAAAUAAAGAAUUACAAGAGUUGGAACCAGAAGAUACAAAAAUUACCAAAACAAACAGUUCAUUAUCAAUAAAUCCCUUACCUGAAACCGAAUUUGACGACGAAUCUGGCCUUUUCAGUUUCAAAAAGAGUAAAAAAACUAGAUACAAGAAUUUGAUCAAUGAAAAAUCCAAUUGUGUUGAUCAAAUAAAGAAAUUAAACAUUGAAAUCAAGUAUCAACAUGAGAUAAUAGCAGCUGAAAUCUCAAAUUAUUUUAAAUUUAGAAAUGAUUUUUUAAAAUUUGGUAUAAAACAAUUUGCCAAACAAGAAUUAAAACUGUUAAAACAAAGAAACCUUGAAUUAAAGAACUAUUUAUUAAGAUAUUGA